GGGUGAUGGUACAGACAAGUACACAGUGACUGAAUGGGUUGAGUUGAUGAAAUCAUACAUCAGGAAGCAGAGUCUUGAUGUGUCGUUGCAGACAGAGGAGGUGAUGGGGAGGCUAAUGGGGAAGGCCAGGGAUGUAGUUAAGAUAGGCUUGAGAAGCGAUCCUGCGCUUAUUACUUCCUGCGCCCCUGAUGUCAUAUUCAACAUGCUGAUAAGGUACUUCAGCAGCACUUCCUCUUGCCUACCCCUGCAGGACUUCUACUCAACUCUGCCUUCUCACAGGGAGAAUCCUGUUGAUUACUGGAUACGCCUCAACAAGGCUGCUGAUAUGGCUGAGGAAGGUUUGAAGCGUCAAGGCAGGCGAAUGGAGGACAUUGGUGGUGAGAUCGCUAAAAUGUUUGUGAAACACUGCCCAGAUCCUGAGCUCGCAUCUGUGUUUAAGUACAAACAGAUACAUGAGUGGACGUGCAAGGAGAUUCAGGAGAGGAUAGAUGAGUAUCGGCGCGAGAGGUUCAAGAAAGAUGCAAGCUACUGGGAGGCAGUUUCGACGUCGCGUUCAGGGCAUCAGGAACUUGAACAGUUCCUCUCUCUGCUUGCUGGCCUGGAACGCUGGUCUGGUACUGAGAUACCAGACAAAGUGGGCACAGUCAGGUGCAACUGCAACAGGGCUGUCACCCUGCCAGGUAACAGUGAGUUUCUUGUAUGGGGGAAACUUCCUAAAGAUGUUAAGAUAUCUCCCGGCUCUACUGUAGUUACUGAGCCAACCACCUCUCGCUCUGCACCCAGGGGCAUCAUGGUCGCUAGAGUAGUGACCCCUCUCUGGGGAGACAGGUGGGUCCCACUCAAGCUCCUUAACGUCACAGACAACCCUGUUAUUCUGCGGAGGAAUGCCAAGCUUGCUGAUGUCUACACCUGCCUUGCAUUGGAGGAUAUGGAGGUUCCAGAGCUCAGUCAACAGUCUACUCGUACAGAGCCCACUGGGACAUCUGUACCCACAGUGGAUGUUGGUACUGUACAGGAGAGGCUGGACCGUGUUGGCCUGGGUGACCUGGACCUGAAAUCCUGUGAUGUGUCGUCGGACUGGCAAGAAAAGUUGGCUGACCUUGUGGUCAAUUAUCAAGAUGUCUUUUCUCGCCAUCAUCUGGACUGUGGUGAGGCUAAGGGCUUUGUACACAGGAUUCGAAUGACAGAUGACAGGCCAUUUCGUCUCCCCUACAGGCGUGUGCCUCCUGCCGAAUACCACAAGCUCCGCCAGGUUCUUAACGAGAUGGAGGAGAGAGACAUAAUCAGGAAGUCUACUAGCGAGUUUGCCUCACCUCUUGUCCUUGUGUGGAAGAGAAAUGGUGACUUGCGAGUGUGCACCGAUUUUCAAUGGCUCAACAGGAGGACGCUAAAGGACGCUCAUCCCCUGCCACAUCAAGCUGAUUGCUUGGCAGCCCUUGGUGGCAAUGCGUUUUUUAGCACGAUGGACUUGACUUCUGGCUUCUAUAACAUGCCGCUACAUGAGGAAGAUCGCAAAUACUCUGCAUUCACAACACCCAUGGGUUUGUACGAGUAUAACCGCCUCCCUCAGGGUUUGUGCAACAGCCCAGCCAGCUUCAUGAGAAUGAUGACUUGCAUUUUUGGCGAUCAAAAUUUCCUCAGCCUGCUGUGCUACCUUGAUGACCUGUUGGUCUUUGCACCAUCUGAGCAGUUGGCUUUGGAGAGAUUGGAAAUGGUUUUCAGCCGACUUCGCCAACACAACCUGAAAUUGGCCCCGAAGAAGUGCUGGCUUCUCAGGAGGUCGGUGAAAUUCCUCGGGCACAUCAUUAAUGAGUCUGGUGUGUCCACAGAUCCUGCUAAGGUCGAGGCUGUCAGCAGUAUGACCAUUGCGGACCUAAUGGAGCCUGAUGGAAUCACCCCGUCACAGUCCCGUGUCAGAUCAUUUCUGGGGAUGGUGAACUAUUACCAGCAUUUCGUGCCCAAUUACUCUGCCUUGGCAAGGCCCCUCUUUGACCUUCUGUCUGGCCAGAAGCAGAAGCGCAAGGGGCGGGCACGUGUGAGCCGUGCUAUGCAAUCUCGGAAGCUGACACCUACUGACUGGACACAUGGAUCAUCAACAGUCAUUUGA